AUGAACAACGGCAACAGCUACAAUCAUCAUCAUUUUCCGACAAGCAUUCCGAUCUCCUGCUCGUCGCAUUCUAUCCAAUCACAAUCUCGAAUGAACACUUUGAAUGCAAAUCGGGAUCUUCUAUCACCUGGAAAUGAUGUUAUUGUGACUAGGACAGUCUCUCCAUCGUUCUACUCACACGGAAUGCCAUCAAGGGAUAACGUGUUUAGGAAAGAUGAUCAUGUUAGAAUUUUGGGGAAUACAUCGGAUCCAGCAUGGUAUCGAGCAAGGAAUGCAAGUCACGAAGAAGGACUUGUACAUGCCGAUUGUGUUGUUAGAGUAAAUGGUCAGUCAUACGAAAACGGAAUUGUUCGAAUGAGAGCAAGCGGAUGUGAUCCUGGAGCAGCAUCGACCGCUUCAAGCACGUCAUCGCAUCACUCGAGUGUUGCGAAUAAUCAGCCAUGGUUUCAUUCCAUGAUAAGCAGAGAGAAUACAGAAAAACUACUCCGUGGAAAACCCGAUGGUACGUUUCUGGUACGCGAAUCAACGAACUUUCCCGGUGAUUUCACUUUGUGCAUGGCGUACCACGGCAAAGUGGAACACUAUCGCAUCGAACAAACGUCAGGGGGUCAGCUAACUUGCGACAAAGAAGAGUAUUUUUCGAAUUUGACACAGUUGGUCUCGCACUACAAACGAGAUGCUGAUGGAUUGUGUCAUCGACUAGUAACUCCUAUUAUUUGCGAGACAGCUACCUUCUCAUCAAACGGAUCUUCUUCUUUUGGAUCUUCCUCCACGGUUGAUUUAGAAGAUCGAACUUCUGUUUUUCGACACGCCGGUUUAGUAAUUCCAUCGAACGAAAUCGAUGUAGGUGAUACAAUUGGUCAUGGAGAGUUUGGAGACGUCCGACUGGGAACUUAUAAGAAUCGAAAAGUAGCAUUAAAAGUGUCCAAACGACAUGGAAAUGGAAUGCUCGAUUCGUUACUAGAUGAAGCUAAAUUCAUGGUAGGACUAUCCCACCCAAAUCUAGUUACCUUGGUAGGAGUGGUUUUGGAUGAUGUGAACGUCUACAUGAUAACUGAAUACAUGGCAAAUGGAAAUCUGAUCGAUUUGUUGAGAUCCCGGGGAAGGCAUGCAUUGGAAAGGAGGCAGUUAAUGAUGUUUGCGAUAGAUAUAUGUCAAGGAAUGUGUUAUCUAGAAUCGAAACAAAUCGUUCAUAGGGAUCUUGCCGCUCGGAACGUACUUCUGGAUGAAGAUCUAGUGGCCAAAGUGUCAGAUUUUGGAUUGGCGAAGAAGGCGAAUAGUCAAUCUAAUGAUUCAGCAUCCGGAAAGUUCCCGAUUAAAUGGACAGCUCCAGAAGCACUAAGGCAUAGUCAAUUCACUACUAAAUCGGACGUAUGGUCUUUCGGAAUCCUCCUAUGGGAAAUAUUCUCAUUCGGAAGGGUGCCGUAUCCUCGAAUCCCAAUCCAAGACGUCGUGAGGUAUAUUGAAAAGGGUUAUCGAAUGGAAGCUCCAGAAGGGUGUCCACCCGAAGUAUUCAAAGUGAUGAACGAAACAUGGGCAUUAUCAGCGCAGGAUAGACCUUCGUUUGGACAGGUUCUCCAAAAAUUAACAUCAAUACGGAAGACAGUAUGA